AUCGGCAUAAGAAAUGUAUAUAAGGUCAUGGAAGUGUAAUUUGCUCUUAAUAAGUGUGAUCUUAUAUACUGCAAAAACGUUGUAUGCUGUUAAAUUAAUUCAUAUAAAAGCAUUGGCUAAUGAGACCAUUGUUACUACUGCUUCUAGUAUUAAUUCGGAUAUAAUGUUAAAAAGAAGUAAUGAAUCUCAUAUGAAAGCCGAUGAAAACACGUCAUAUGUACAGUUGCCCUAUGGUGAUGACGAUGACGAUGAGUCAACAUCGUUAAGUACUUGGAAUGUUAUGCGACGAAUAUUGCAUUGGGUUAAAAGUGAUAUAAGCAAAAGUUUAUGGCAUAAUCAAAAUAACAUCUCAUCGAUGGAUGCUCGAGAUCGUCGUACUUUUGGCAAAAUACGACGACUGCAAAUGGCCCUCAUACCGCUUGCGUUUAAAUUUGGUAUUCUCUUUACGAUGGUCGCCUUCUUAGUUAUGUUGGGCAUGAAAACUUUGUUUUUGGUUAAGACUCUGGUCCUAUUAAAUGCUGCCGCUUUGUUGGGUAAAUUUUUAACUUUUAAAUUUCCGCAAACACAAGAGCAUCAUAUAGCGACACCUUAUGCAUAUGGUUGGAAUCCUCAUGCUCAAGCUGACUGGCCUGCACUGGAAUCAUUGCAUCAUGGCAAAGAAAUUCAUCUGCAUAUACAUGGUGCCAAUGUGGACACAGUGCCCCCACAAAUUUCACCUUACUCCGUUAGCGGCGCUACUCAUCGGCCUGGCUGGGAACGGAAAUUGGAAUUAAUUGAUAAAGAAAAUGAGCUGCAAAUUCCAAUAAAUCUCAAACAAAUAUAUAAAUAA